GCGGUAAAGAACAAAGCGCUUAUACACGUUCGAAAAUGUCGUCGUUUAGAUUCUGUCGUCAAUGUAACAAUAUGUUAUAUCCAAAAGAAGACAAAGAACACAAUAUGCUUCUGUACGAAUGUAGAAUUUGUUCGUACGUAGAACAAGCUGCCAACCCUCGUGUGUAUCGUCAUGAGUUGAUAUCCAACAUUGGUGAAACCGCCGGUAUAGUGAAAGAUCUUGGAUCAGAUCCAACUCUCCCGAGAUCUGAUAAGGAAUGUCCAAAGUGUCAUGCACAUGAAGCUGUAUUCUUCCAAUCGCAACAGAGAAGAGCUGAUACUUCGAUGAUUCUGUUUUACGUGUGUCUACAUUGUAAUCACACCUAUAGAAGUGUUUAACAAGGAACAACGAAUGGAAACGCAACCAUAAAAGAGAAUGUAAUAAAUAUAACCGAUGUUAGAUGGAACAGAACGA